AUGUCGUCCGAUUUCGUCCUCCCUGGCCAGCCUAUUCCACUCCCCCGCGGCCCCGUACCGCAACUCGGAAGCGGCAUCUACUCCAGGGAUGGCCAUGUCAGAGCAAGCCUGGUCGGUGUCCCCAGCUACGAAGGAUCUACUCUGUCAAUAUCUCGGACGCGACCCCACGCGCCUUCUCCAAAUUCUAUCGUGCUCGGUUCAGUAACGCGCCUAUCGCCCCAGCAAGCAAUGCUCUCCAUCUCCGUCGUCGACGGUGUCCCCUUGCCUCCCGGUGAAGAGUUUACGGGAGUGAUCCGCGUGCAGGACGUCAGGGCAACUGAAAAAGACAAGGUGAAGAUCGCUGACUGUUUCCGAGGUGGCGAUGUUGUGAAAGGACUUGUCCUAUCACUGGGGGACGCACGUAGUUAUUAUGUGACCACUGCCCGCAAUGACCUGGGCGUCAUCUUCGCGACUAGUGAAGCAGGUGCGACAAUGGACCCCGUCUCAUGGCAAGAAAUGCGCUGUCCGCGGACAGGAAGGAUCGAAAAACGCAAAUGUGCUAAGCCAGAGGGCUUGUAA